CAUAGGACCAAAGGAGAAUUCUCUCGAAACGUCAUGCAAAAAUCAGGAGGUGUGGGGACACCCAGAUAACCCAUUUGUGGAAAGUUGCAUAACCUUGGAGGGCAGAUUGCGCAGCCGUCAUCGAGACGAGCCCGCGAUGAGGCCGGGGGAGGAAGACGAAGCAGCAGCGGAGACCCUGGUGGAGGCGGCGCUGAGGGUCCUGCGCACGCCCGACCCCUUCGAGAAGGCCCGGCUCGGCGACGCGGCGGCAGCCCGGUGGCUCCGGGGCGCCAUCCCCCGUCCCUACGACCCGUCGGUGGACCUCCCCGUGCCGGACCGCCCCGCCCGGCUCGCCGAUGUUAAGCUCGUGCCGCCCGGUCUCAUGCCCAAGCUCGGGAAGGCGGGCAGCUUGCAGAGCAGGCAGGCCAUCGUGCACAGUCUGGCGCACACCGAGAGCUGGGCUAUUGACUUGUCCUGGGAUAUAAUUGCUCGCUUUGGUAAGCAAGAAUCAAUGCCAAGAGAGUUCUUCACUGAUUUCGUGAAGGUGGCCCAAGAUGAAGGUCGACACUUUACCCUUCUUGCAUCUAGGCUGGAGGAAUUGGGUUCCUUUUAUGGCGCAUUGCCUGCCCAUGACGGCCUUUGGGAUUCUGCCACUGCUACUUCCAAGGAUCUGCUGCCCCGUCUGGCCGUUGAACACUGUGUCCAUGAGGCUAGAGGACUUGAUGUCCUACCGACGACAAUAUCACGAUUCCGCAGCGGAGGUGAUGAUAAAACAGCUGAUCUGCUGCAAAAUGUCAUUUAUCCCGAAGAGAUCACACACUGUGCUGCUGGAGUUAGAUGGUUCAAGUUUCUGUGUUUGAGGUCACGCAAUUCGCCCAUUAGAGAGAUUGAGGUGGGAGAAGGGAAAAUGGGAGACGAGGAAGAUGCCAAUGUUGUUCAGAAGUUUCACGAGAUAGUAAGGAACCACUUCAGGGGACCAUUGAAACCACCUUUUAACGAGGAUGCAAGGAAAGCUGCAGGGUUUGGUCCCAAAUGGUACGAACCUCUUGCCUUCAAAGAGGCCAGGCAAGAAUGACUGCAAUCAUGCUACUUCUGUGGGCUGUAGGUCCAUUUAUGUUUCUAUAUAACAGCUGGAUUAUUCCUCCUAUUGAACAUUUUUUGUUCCUUUAUGACUGGCAGAGUCCUCACAAUUGACAAACAUGACUUACAAUUUUGCAAUGAGUUUCUUUUGUUUUUUCUUGGCUUAGGCUGUAAUGGAAGAUGUCAUCGUGUUAGAUAUGAUUACUUACCUUGUUGGAUUUACUUUCA